AAAUUAAAAUAAAAAAAAUAGAAAUAUUAGAAAGACGAAAGCUUACGCCUCAUCUGACGAUUUGUCCUAGACUCCUAGGUACUGCAAACUUCCAGCUCACAUUCUUAUCCGCUGAAACUGAAAACUGCUCUCACCGGCUCUGGUUUUGGAAGUAGCCAUGGCUUUGAAAUCGUUCAUUGAAGCUCAUCCGGACUCUCAUUUCCCCAUCCAGAACCUCCCAUACGGGGUCUUCAAACCGGAACCUCAAUCGCCGGCUCGACCCGGUGUCGCGAUUGGUGAUUAUGUGCUGGACCUAUCGGAGAUUGCCAAGGCCGGUCUUUUCACUGGUCCGUUACUCAAGGACUCCGAUUGCUUUCUUCAGCCUGUCCUCAAUAAAUUUUUGGCCAUGGGCCGGCCUGCAUGGAAGGAAGCUCGUGCUACCCUUCAAAAGCUGCUAUCAUCUUCUGAACUGACCUUGCGUGACAAUGCAAAUUUGAGGCUAAAAGCACUUGUGCCAAUGAACAAGGUGGAAAUGGUUCUUCCCAUGGUAAUUGGAGACUACACAGAUUUCUUUGCGUCAAUGCAUCAUGCAAAGAACUGUGGAACUAUAUUUCGUGGACCCCAGAACCCAAUCUCUCCAAACUGGUUCCAUCUUCCAAUCGCAUAUCAUGGCCGAGCAUCAUCUAUUGUCAUCUCUGGAACUGACAUAAUACGACCAAGGGGUCAGGGUCGUCCGUCUGGGGAUUCACCACCAUAUUUUGGACCUUCACAGAAGCUUGAUUUUGAGCUUGAAAUGGCUGCUAUAGUUGGUCCUGGAAAUGAAUUAGGAAAACCUAUAAAUGUUAAUGAGGCAGCAGAUCAUAUAUUUGGGCUUGUCUUGAUGAACGACUGGAGUGCUAGGGAUAUUCAGGCAUGGGAAUAUGUACCACUUGGGCCUUUCCUUGGGAAGAGUUUUGGCACUACUGUAUCCCCUUGGAUUGUGACAUUAGAUGCCCUUGAACCUUUUGCCAUUGAUGCUCCUGAGCAGAAUCCCAAACCGUUGCCAUAUCUGGCUGAGAAGAUUUCCCAAAACUAUGACAUUUCUUUGGAGGUUCAAAUCAAACCUGCUGGACAAAAAGAUUCUUACGUGGUUACAAGAAGUAAUUUCAAGUACUUAUAUUGGACGUUGACUCAACAGUUGGCACACCAUACAAUCAAUGGUUGCAACUUGCGGCCUGGAGAUCUCUUUGGAACUGGAACCAUCAGUGGACCUGAGCAAGAUUCUUUUGGAUGUUUGCUUGAAUUGACAUGGAAUGGACAAAACCCAGUGUCAUUAAAUGGAACAACUCGUAAAUUCUUAGAAGAUGGGGAUGAAGUGAUCUUCGCUGGUUGUUGCAAGGGAGACGGUUACAAUGUUGGGUUCGGGACAUGCACUGGGAAGAUUCUUCCAUCUCCUUGAGGAGACGGUCAUUGCUAUUUGCAAGUACAUGUGAUCCAUUGAACUGAAUUUCUCAUGGCUGGAUUAGUCUCAUGCUUAAUUAAAUAAAUUUCUUUAAUAAAUAGAAAGAAUUAAG